AUGUCGGAAGCAGAGCUCCGGAGAGCGAAGGAGAAGAUCGAAGACCUGGAGGACGAACUGAAGAGAGUGUCAAUGUACAAGAACGUGCACGAGUCUUUGAUUCAAUCACUGCAAUCCCUGAUGUCAUCACACAUUGAAAAACUAGAUGAGAUCAAGAAUGCAGAUCUCAUCUCACAAAAGUGCAGUCCGAGUGCUGUUCGAAAGCUCCUGGAACGAAUCGAUUCUACUUUAGCGCACGUGGACAAGGUGCUGUAUGAAGACAGAGACAGGAAAGGAGAGGCAAAUGAUUUGAUCAAGGCAAGACCAUCCGAUAUUCAUCAGCCCAAUGAUACGGUCUCAGAAGGAGAAAGUGUACACGUCUCUGUCAACAAUUACUCUCCACUUCAAGCCGUUUCACUCUACUCAACGCAGGAAAUGGUGGGUAACUUGACGGAACUGUCCUUUGCAGAUCACUCGAUGAAAGAAACCAAGACAGAGAGCUUUCACAAAGAAAAUUUCCAUGCAAGGGAAACCUCAUUCGACAAGGCCUGCGCCUCUUCGUGCUUGAGUGGAUUGGAAGAACCCCUGAGGCUCAAGUCUGGGUUUGCCUUUGAAAGUUCCGCUAGCUGUGACGAGAAGCAUGAGAGAGGGAAAGCAGGCACAGAACCUCCGUCGCACAAUUCAACUUCACCCGGCUCCCCGCAUACGUCCCCGAAGCCCGCCGCUGGAGACCUUGUGCACAGCGAGAGCAAGAAGGUGAUCAGUUUGAUUGCAUCAGAGCAGCCGAGUCAACGAACCAUCUCCAUCAGCCCCUACUCCUCUUGUCGCACAGAUGCUUCUGACAUCUCUGAGCCUGGAACAAAGAGCUUCAACCAGCCCAUCAUUCACCCGACGGGCAUGCCGAUAUCCUACAUGAACGUUGACAACCACCGACAGCUCUCCUCCUACACGAGCUCAGCAAGGUUAAAUUUCGCGCCCUCGUCGAGCAGCACGGAGUCGAGGAGCAUUCCUUUACAGGUGGUCUCGAGCCACUCGGUGAGCUCAAGGCCCGCAGCACUCAAGGAGACAAACAUGCCCAAGUAUCACUACAAGGAGGUGCAGAUGUAUCAAACUGACAAGGAAAAUAUGAUGAACUUCUCUCGUGUCAAGACUUUUGUACGUGGCCCCCAUUACGUCAUUUGA